CACCACAAGACAGGGAGAUAUCUGUGUUUAGAAAAGGGACUUGAUUCUGUGUCAAAAGAUCACAAUUUCAAGAUGGCGGAAGGAGUUUCAACAGAUCCACUGCUCAGUAAAGUCAUACUGGGACACUUGGAGUGUUCCAUCUGCUGCACUCGUUACAAUCAACCCAAAAACCUGGAUUGCUCACACAGUUACUGCCUCAAAUGUCUCCAAGAACUGAAGAAAACUCAAAAUCCUGACACUAAUAAACUAAAAUGUCCUCUGUGCCAGAAAGAAACCAUCUUACCACUCGAUGGAGUGACUGGAUUACAAAGCAACUACCUACUGAUUGCCCUAGUGGAGGAGGUCAACAAACAGGAACAGCUUCCACAAGGUGAAGAGUCAAAGGUCAUGUGUCAGGCUUGUGAUGAGGAAAACGCGGCAAUUUCACAAUGUUUUAAUUGUGAACAUUAUCUCUGUCUGGAGUGUCAUAAAGCACACCAACGUUUAGCUGCACUGAAGAAUCAUGAGAUCAAAACUUUGGCUGAAUUGCAAGAAGUUGAUGAAACCCAAACUGAAUCAAAGAUGAACAUCUCAAGAUGUGACAUCCAUCCCAUUCAAGAGCUCUGCCUCUACUGUAUGACGUGUGAGCAACUCACUUGUAAACUCUGUGCCGUUCAACAGCAUAAACAGCCAAUGCACAAUCUGACUGAUUUAUUAACAGCUGUUGAAAUUUGUCAAACUGAAGCAAGCAAUGGUGUCGCACAAUUGCAAAAAAGCAAAUUCAAUAUAGCUGCAAUGCGCAAGAGACUGAGCUGCUUGUUUCAAGAAACAAAUAAUAAUAUUUCUUAUCAUACAGAACAGAAACUUGAACAAACUAGACGAGAAGAAAUAAGAUUAAAACAAAGUGCCAAAUUGAUGUACCAAAAAAAGGAAAAGAAUCUGGCAAAAUUGCAAUUUGCAGAGAAGACAAUGUCUCACACUCACGGCAUAAUGACUAAUAACAAUCGUCUGGAAAUCUUAAAGAACAGACAAGAAUUUUUCAACAAAUAUGAACAUGAUGUCAUUGUACAUGAAGACCAAGAAGAAGAGUUGACCUAUGACCUCUCUUUUAUUGCUUUUUGUGAAGUUGAGAAUGAGGUUGAACUUGGGACACUUCUUAACAAAGAAAACUGGGAAUUAAUGUGUGAAGUGGAAGUGCCUGCUCGCUGUAUGUCAUCCUAUUCCACCGGUGAUAUUGUAACUGUAUCGAGUUCACAAAUUAACAUACUGCGCCAACUUGGCAAGGAUUUUAAAACAAUCUCACAAAUUAAGUGUAAAGAUAUAUCCAGACCCACUGCUAUUGCAGUAAAUAAUGAAGACCAUCUCAUUGUUCUAGACAAUCCUAAUGUCAAGACAUUGAACAAGGAGUUUCAGCUUCUUCAUCAGUUCACUCCAGGUAAAGAGUCUGGCAGUAAACCCACAUGCCUUGCAGUAGAUGAGAACAAUCUGAUAGCAGUGGGUUAUAAAGACAAGGGAGAGGUUUCUCUACACAACCCCGAUGGAUCCCUCAUCAGAACACUGUCUGCUCCAGGGAUUGAUAAGUACAUGGCCGUGAGUAACCAGAGAAUCAUUUAUACUUGCAAUAAGAAGCUCAUAAUUGUUGAUUAUCAAGGUAAUAAGAAAAUUGAAACCACAAUUACCGAAUGUGAUAAAGGGUUAUGUUGUGACACAGGGGGCGAUAUCUAUGUACUUUAUCCUAAAAGAAUCCAACAUCUUAGUGCAGAUCAGGGCACACAUGUUGAAUGGAUCAAUAUCAAUCAGACUGAUGGGGACACAAUCACAUGUACCCAACAGGGUAAGUUAGUAAUAGAAAAAACAAUUUUUUGGGCGUCUACCCUUUUUAUUUAUCACAGAAUCGUGACACGUUAAAUGAAAACCCAUUGGUUCAUAAAGACAACACAUAAAUGAUCUUAGAAAAAAAACCAGUAAACGCAUUGAUUGGGAGUAGCAACGAUCAAUUUCCAGGUUUCAGAUUGACAACGUUACAAUAGCAGACACAGUUUGUAAUAAUGUACAUGAAGACCAAGGAGAAUACUUCACCUAAAAUGACCUAUAAUGAAGUUUAGAGCGAGAUAGAAAUUGGGGACACUUCUGCACAAAGAAAAGCGUAGAAUUGAUGAGUGGAGCUUGAACUUAAUGAAAAGCUGUUUCAUUAUAUUAUGUAGAUCGAUAUAGCUGUAAACAGCUGUCAACAAAUAGCUGUCAACAAAUAUAAAUGAAAAAGUUUCUCGUUUUUAUAUUUUUUAAAAUUCAACUGAUCUGUUCGACCCAAUUUACACAAAAUU